AUGUAUCCGGUUAAGAGCACAGUACAUGUCCGGUUAAGAAGCACAGUACAUGCUCGGUUAAGAAGCACAGUACAUGUCCGGUUAAGAAGCGCAGUACAUGUCCGGUUAAGAAGCACUCCAGUUAAGAAGUACAAUACAUGCUCGGUUAAGAAGCACAGUACAUGUCCGGUUAAGAAGCAUAGUACAUAUCCGGUUAAUUUUGAUUAA